GCGCGUGCGUGCGCGUUCGUGCUCGUGCGUGCGCGUGUUCGCUCGUACGGCUUCGGGGCGGAUCUUUGUCGUAUAAUGCAUGUCCCCCUCUCCGCCUGGGCUCAGUGACAGAUGCGGGGGUGAUUUAUAUCGGGAAGAGUGUAAUCCCGUGCGUGCGUGCGUGUGUAUUUGUGUAUGUGUGUGUGACGGGUUUUGCGCAGAGCGGAAUGGCUGUAAUGGAGAAACCGGCGGCCAGGAAGCUGCUGCUGGACGAUACGGUCUCACUGACGGCGGUAAUCGAAGCGAGUCAGAAUUUACAGUCUCACACGGAAUACAUCAUCCGUGUACAGAGGGGCGUCUCUACAGAAAACAGCUGGACGGUAAUCAGACGAUACAGUGACUUCGACAUGCUCAAUAAUAGUCUCCUGAUCUCUGGCCUGAACCUGCCACUUCCUCCUAAGAAGUUAAUUGGGAACAUGGACCGUGAGUUCAUUGCAGAGCGGCAAAAAGGUCUACAGGCCUAUCUGAACUUCCUCACGCAGCACCACAUCCUCUCGAGCUGUGAGAUUGUCAAAAAGUUCCUCGACACCAACAAUUAUUCAGCAAACUACACAGAAAUUGCCUUACAGCAAGUGUCCAUGUACUUCAGAUCGGACCUCAUAUGGGAAGUGGUUGAGCCCUUAAAAGACAUGGGAUGGAGAUUGCGAAAGCGGUACUUCUUGGUUAAAAACAAGGAGCAGCCUAAGGAGCGACAAGUAUUGAGUUGGGUCGAUUUCGGCCCUGAUAAGUUCUUAUCAGAUAAAGAUCUGCAGUCCAUGAUGAAGCUGAUUCCGUCCCUGUCUCACCCAUACAUCUGUCCAGUCACCUAUGGUUCUACAAUCGAGUCCUCAGCAGUAGUAAUCAGAAUAUUUAAUGAAAAAGGCACACUUAGGGAUCAUAUUUGCAAGGUAAAGCCAAAAGAAGCAUUCCUGAAGAAGUACUGCAACCCCAAAAAGAUCCAGGGUCUGGAGCUCCUGCAGAUCAGGAUGUAUGGGAGGCAGAUUCUGGAGGCUUUGAAAUUCCUCCAUGAUAAAGGUUUUCCUUACGGGCAUCUCCAUGCUUCGAAUGUUCUAAUUGAAGACAGCACAUGCAAACUGCUGGACAUCGAAAACUCCAUCCUGGGACUUCCGUCUUACUACCGGCCUUACGUCACCCAGUUCAGGAAAAUUAACACCACAGAGAGCAUUGAUGUCUUCUCAUUUGGUCACUUGUUGUAUGAAAUGACCUAUGGCCGGCCUCCUGAUGUUGUUCCUGUGGAUCAGUAUCCUUCUGUGCCCUACACUUCAGUCGUUUCUGUCCUGCAGUCUAUCCUGUCCACUGAGGCAUGUAAAACAGGGAUGCCCACAGUUUCUCAACUCUUACAGACACCACUCUUCAGUGAUGUGCUUCUAUACAACACAGAAAAAGCUCAGUUUAAGAUCACCUCCAAAUUGAAAGAAGCCUUGAAGUUGUCCAAAGAGUGCUUGGAAAAGCGUCUCCAAGAGGAACAGAGAGCGGUUCAGCAGCACAGGAGGUUGACACGGGCACAGUCCCAUCACGGCUCAGAGGAGGAGAAAAGGAAGAGAAAGAUCCUUGCCAGAAAGAAAUCCAGACAGAGUGCUUAUGAAAAUGAGGAGGACUUUUCCAUCAAAUACAACAACAACUCUGGUUCAGGAGCGAGUUCUCCACCUACUUGUCCUUCUUCUCCCACUCCUCCACCGGCUCCAGGUAUUCAGCCAGUGAACCUCCCACCACCUCCACCACCACCUCCACCAUCUUUAGGGAUGGAGUCCAACCCUCCGACCCGCCAUCCUCCUUCCGUUAAUGACAAGGGCCGAAGUGUCCUCCUGAGCUCCAUUCAGACCUUCAGCAAAGGCUGUCUGAAAAAAGCAAAGACCAAUGAUCGCAGCAAUCCGCACAUCUGAGCAACAUUUUUAUUAUGGUCCUUGGUUGUUAUCGUGUGUCCUCGAGCUUGUUAUCCGAGGCUUUUUGGAUCUGAUCUGAUCUUUAGGAGUGAAGAGAUGUUUUAAAACUGGACUGCUGGGAGGAAACUAUUUUUUUCAAAUAAUUUACUUCCAAAUAAGCUGCAGAUCAGCCAUGGUAAGGCAAACAUGUAGGGUAUCUGUGCUGCUAUACAGGAUAUGACCUUGGACACUGCAUUUCAUCUGUCAGGUUUAUAAAUUGGACUUGCAUAUUUGUGGUAAACAAUCACACCGACCCUACAGUGAUGUUUGUGCUCCCAUGAAACUGCAGCACAUUCGUCAUUGAUCAUGUAUUUUUUUCAAGAAGCUUAGACAAAUUUGGGUUGUGUUUCAAAUAGACUUUUUUUUUAUGGGUUUUACUUAAAAUAUUGCAUUUGUUUCGUCUUUUUUAAUCAGUUGCUUUAUAUUCUAUUGCGUUAAAACCACGUCACGUCAGAAUUACAGUAGAUGAACUUGGAGACACAAUAAUACAAACAAAAAUAUUGAAUUUGACUGUUAAAUGAAAAAAAAACAACAACUGGCUGAUGGAGAAGGGAAUUGGCAAAUGACAAACUUGGGAGAUAAUGAAAUAUUUAAAUGAAUAUUGUUUCGAUUUUUAGAAGACAUAACUCAUAAUUAUUGUAGACUGACAUGAUGUGAGCGCACUUAGAGAAAAAAAUAGAAAUAAGGACCGAACAGAAGCAUGGGGGGUUUGUGCUACAUUUGACCAUUGUGCCUAUACAAGAUGAUUGCUGUAAUUCCCAUUACCAGAAUUAGAAGCUGUGUAUCUCAUUCUCUUUUGAUUGUUAUGCAUUGCUACAAUUAAGCCUGUGUUGUACAAAAAUAGAGAAUAUUCCAUUUGAUCUAAGUGCAAUACCAAAACUCAGAUACGGUGAAUCAUUUUAAUGUAAACAGUGGACAAACUUCCAGAUCUGUUGGUCAAGAAUAGGUUUCGUGGACUUUAUAUUGCUUCUUUUUUUUUUCAUUGCAUCUUUCACCUUGAAACCCCUGUGCAGAGACUAACAUUCAAGCAGUGGAACUCGGUGUAGCUCAAACAUUUUUUCUGAAAAAUCUGCUGGAAAGUACAAACAUUUUUCAAGACCUGCCAAUGUUUUUUUUGGGACGCAGUGCGAUCUACUAUAGCUUAAAAGCAGGAACAAAUCAUUUUGUAUUCUUUAGUGCAAUUUGACAUCAUGCCCUCUUCUAUACCCCAACAGUUUGAGGAUGAAAUUGCUUCUAAGUAGCACCAUUUGUUAUUUCGCAAUGUAAGUAUAAGUGAAGGUGUGCGUCAGUAAAGGGAGCCCCAGAGUGAGCGGGCACUUCGGUUACAGCGUUUAUUCAUUCAUCUUUAGUAAUUGCUUUAUCCUGCUCACAGCUGUGGUUAAUUAGUUUAAUGAUGUGUUCAUAAAAUUAAAGUUUGUUAGAAAAUUUUAAAGGCAUGUACAAAAAUAUAACUGCAAGAGUGGGCAGGAUUGAGCAAACUCCAUAACUCCAUUCCUUAAUGUAUAGUUUUAUCAGAUUCAACCAAUGCAGAGUCAAGCCAGAAGUCCAUGAGGUGGAAAUUCUCAGUGUGGUUCAGGCUGGAUAAGCGUAUGUAAUGUCUUGUAUUGAGUAGCACUGUGUGAAUAAUGGUUAAGGUUGGGAUGAGUCAUAUAUAGCAGAUGGAUCAGAUCCAGUUCCACCUCUUGGACUUCAUACGGUAUAUUUGCGGAAACAAAAAAAAGUCCCACUUUAAACAAAUACAUAAAGAAAUGAAUUAUAAUAUGGGAAAUAUUUGGGAAUUACUUUAAGUACUUUUUAGUUUGAUUAUGCCUGUAGCUUCAGUGCAGAAGGAAGGAUUUAGGAUGAGCAAAAUUAUGUCCAAUUUUUGCCCCAUAAAUUCUUGAACAUUGAGAGGUUGAAAUGUUCUUUAAAAAAAAAAGAAAGAAAAAACAUGAUUAGGUGAUUAAUGUGACAUUGGCGCUUUGGACAUUAUGGCCAGUGCUGGAAUGCAAAGUCCUCUUUUACUUUCUGCAACUCUCAGCCCUUGUGUCUUUUUUUGUUUGUUUGUUUGUUUGUUUUUUGAAACCCAUAGUUUUUGUGUGUCUAGCGUGCACAUGAACCAUACCGAGGAGCACCAUCGGUUUCGCUGCAGCACUUUACCACUGUGUAUCGGUGGUCUUUGAAAAGAGGUAUAAAGUUUACAUUAGAUAUAAUAAUGUUGAAUGAUGGUAUGACUAGCAAAACGGUUUGAUUAUAUUUGAUAUUAAGAGAAACGAACAGUGCACAUUUGCCACAACCACUGCUGCAUACAAGGUGUGCAUGUUGUUUUUAAAUAACAGAUGUUGUGUCCUCCCAAUACAAAAGUUGCUUUGACAAUGUUUUAACCGUGAUGUUGUGCUUUAAAUUGUGAACUUUAAAGUAAAAACUGCAUAAUGUUA